AUGACCCCAACUCCUCCUUCGACGAACUCCUCGCAAGGAGCACGCUCUCCCGAGGAGCAGUUUCGCGUUGUGAGGAAAAGGAAUCGCGUUCCCCUCAGCUGUUAUCCUUGUAGGACGCGCAAAUUAAAAUGUGACAGAAGUCAUCCUUGUAGUAACUGUACGAAGCGCGAGGGCAUGGGUACAGGCUCAUGCUCUUACGCUACGCCAGUCACCCGCAAGAAGAAUCAAAGUCAAGGAGACUCAAGUCCUGAUGACAUGCAGAAUCGUAUUGACCGUUUAGAAGGCCUAGUUCUAUCCCUUAUGCACGGAGGUGCUAACGUAGAUGCUGCAUCCGCCGCAGCCGCCGGAGCAGCAGCACAAUCCACCACAGACAGUGGAUCUUCCGCCAAAGUCGAUAGGGGAGACGAAAAUGCAAUGACAUAUGACGAAGACGAGAACAGCGAUGAGGAGGACGGACUUGCCACUUCUUUGGGUUUCCUUAAAGUCGAUACAGACAAGGGCAAGUCAUUAUAUGUCGGUCAGGAACAUUGGCACACCCUCCUUGCCGAUAUCUCCGAGGUUAAGAAUUAUUUUACCUCCCACAAAAAGGAACUGGAAUCGAGUUAUGAGCGAGUCAAGUCAUCAAAACCCCAGGCUGCGCGGGAAGGGCCCACAUUGUUACUGGGAGCGACGCCUGCAUCCGAAAUCGAGAUAAGAGCAGAACUGCCUCCCAAAUCAGCUGUCUUGACACUCUGCAGUCGAUACUUUAACUCUAUGGAUAACGCCGUCAACAUUAUUCAUGGACCAACCUUCCAACAGCAGUUAAAGGACCACUGGCAAGAUCCCAACAAGACGCCCAUCAUGUGGCUUGGCAUGCUCUACUCUAUUCUUUGCCUGGCAAUGUUGAGCUAUCACAAGGUAGGUGAUGAACCUCCCGAGUGGAGAGGUCGAACUUUGGAAUUGGCAAACGAGUAUCGGUUACGAACGGUGCAAUGCCUUAUCAAGUCGGAUUACACAAAACCCAACGAGUACACGGUUGAGACCAUGAUUCUGUACGUAUUUGGAGAAUAUUCGUCCAGAUGGGACGCCGACCUGGGCUUGUGGUUGAUCGUAUCCUUAAUUGUCCGGAUCGCAUUCCGAAUGGGUUAUCACCGGGACGCCAAGUGGUUCCCUACGAUUACCCCUUUCCAAGCUGAAAUGAGACGGCGAACUUGGGCUCUUGUGCGAAUGUCGGAUGUCAUCUUCUCCCACCAAGUGUCUUUGCCCAGCAUGAUUUAUGAACAUGACUGUGAUACUCAACUGCCCAACAACAUCUUUGACGACGAGUUUCACCCUGGCAUCAAAGAGCUGCCACCAUCUCGUCCGUCCACAGUAGCCACUCCAAUCGCAUAUAUGAUUGCCAAGUCGAGACUGUGUAACGAGCUUGGAAAUAUCCUUCAGGCUACGGGUCAAGUGGGCAAGCAUGUGCCCUACGAUGAGGUUAUUCGUUUCGAUGCUAAGUUGCGGCAAAUAAUGCAAGAGCUGCCUCCGCAUCUAAAGUUGACAACACUGGAAGGGUCGCAUGACCCAGUGACAUUAAUUAUCGCCAGGUUCAACGUCGAUAUCCUUUACCAAAAGAUCCUCUGUUUACUGCACCGGAAAUAUCUUCCUCGAGCAAGACAAAGCGCGAGAUACGCUCAUUCUCGAAGAGCUGCAAUCGAGGCGUCGCUGACAGCGCUCGACCACCUAGCGGUUCUCUACCGAGAGUCACAGUCUAAUGGAAGGUUACGUUCAGUAGGCUGGUUUGUGAAAUCCAUUGCCACCAAGGACUUCACGCUGCCUGCCAUGCUGGUUAUCCUCGAUCUGCACUUCGACAACAUUGCGGCACAGUCUUCAGUCCCGCAAGACGACGAGGGUGCUUCGACAUGGAACGACGAUCAGCGAUCAAAGAUGAUUGGCAGCCUGGAAACUGCGAGGAAGAUUUGGAAUACCCUCGCUGAUACAUCCAUGGAAGCGUUUAAAGCGGCUAAGGUCAUUGAUAUCAUGCUGGAAAAGAUCAAAGACCCCACCUCAAGUAAUGCGGAUAUGCCAGGCGUGCCAUCACCCAUGCCCGGCUUGAUGUCUGGUCUUGGAACUGAUAUCACACCACCUAUGGCCCCUGGGUUUAUUUCUCCUGAUAGCUUACCUGAGUUCAACGCGACAGCCAACCCCUUCUCGACACCCAAUCCAGCGGCAUUUAUGGGUAUGGACUUUGGCAUGCCUGGCCCUGAGGGUCUCGACUUUCAGACAGAUGGCUUCGCAGGAGCUGGUCCAGCUUCCCCGUUCUCCUCCAUGUUCGGCAACCUCGGAGCUAGUAAUGAUGCAGGGAUGGAUAUGGCUGCCAACUUUGACUGGAAUGCCUUCGAGAAUUAUACACAAAUGGCCAAUUGGGGUGCAGACCAAAGCUUCCAGAUAUAUGGAUCGGGGGGAGAUCAGUCGUCGCCUGGGCAGACCUCAUCAAUGGGCGGGCCCUCGACAACCAGUGAUUUACAAAAGGGCGAUGUGCAGAUGGUUGAUGAAUCCGAUUAUGAGCCCUCAGAAGCCUCCAGCUAUGAUCCAGCUGCAUCUUUACUCGACGAUAUCUUGCAGCCUUCCAAGAAACGGCGCCAGUCGCUGCAUUUGACGAGUGCCCAGCAAUUCAAGAAAGUGAGGCUUGAGGAAGCUGGAACUGGUCUUGUCAACUCCAACAAGUCCCAGAAGCUGGUGGACCGAUCCAGACAGCUUCCGGGAGAGAUAUGGCAACAUAUCUUCACUCUUGUAUCACCCAGGGACCUGGGUCGUUUGUUGAUUGUCAACAAACUUUUCCAUGUUUUUCUUAGCCCUUCUGUCACUAGACCUGCCCAGCGACAAAGUAGUGUUCCAUCUUCCCUUCCAACCUUGAAGCCGGAUGCCAUCUGGCAAGCUUCAAGGAGGCUUCACUGGCCCCGCAUGCCUGCUCCUCUGAAAGGAAAGCCGGAAGUUCAGAUGUGGCGUCUUGUUUGCUCUACAUCUUGCCAGUUCUGUGGUAGUAAGGGCCAGACGUAUCCUCAGUCUUCAAACACCGAAGCAUGGCGUAGUGGCCCUGGUCCAAGUGACGUUUGUCCCAUCUUUCCGUUUUGCGUCUUCACUUGCGGUAGCUGUCUGAAGAAGAAUGGUGUCAGGGAGAUCGAUCUCUUAUUGUCUUCGACGUUCCCUGCUUUUCUGCUUCCGGCUCUACCUCCCGUUCUUGUGGAUGCAGAUAUGCAUGCCAUACCUCCCCGUGCCAUGCAGACAGGAGCAGUUCCUCCAAACACCCAGGUAACCAAGCUAUUCUGGGCGGAGCAUGUUGAACAAGUCAAGGCAGAGUUUGAAAGUGUCAAGGCAUUAGGUUCUGCCGCCGCCGAAGAGUGGAUUAAGGGUUUGGAAAUUCGCGGCAAGCAGAUCUUAGUUGACGCCUCUCGUUGGGAGAAAUGGGCAGCCGCAGGUGGAAUUGCCCAGUUGCGGGUGUCAACUGCUGCAGCCAAGGCCGACGUUUCAACCCCUGCUGAGUCGUUCUCUUCUAUUCCUCCUCCUAACAAACUCUCGUCGGGUGUCAAGCAACAGCUUGAUCAGCAACAACCACAAACAUACAACAAGAAUGAGCAAUACGGGCCUACAUUUAAUCUGGAAGCAACUUCUCAACAACCACAUGUCCCAACGCAGCAGAAGCGGACAAGGGAAGAAGCAGCUCAACUCAAAGCCCAAAGGCGAGCUGACAUAGAACGCCGAGCCAUGCUCCUUGACCCUCCACUUACUGCAGACGUUUUAGCCCACAUCCCAUCCUUUCAAGCAGCGCUCCAGCUUAUUACACCUCUUGACGACAGUGCUUGGGAACUAUUGAAACCUCGCCUUCUCGCUCAGAGAGAGGAUGCUGAACAGCGAGUAAAGCAAACCAGCGUCAAGACCCAGGUCUUACGAGAGAAGCUUGGCAAGAAAGAGUCUGAGAAAAAGUCUACUAGAGAGCCAAGGGAAGUCACUGACGAAGAGUGGGAUGAAACACAAGGUCCUGUCCGAGCUCGCAUAGCAGAAUACGCAGACGAGGUCAUAGAAGUGUGGAAUAAUGGCGCUAAGAUCAAGAAAAAGACCUGCCCUCAAUUCGCUGCAGAAGUUCUCCUAUAUGUUCGCAAACGAUUCUAUGCCGAAGUUGCAAAGGACACAGCCGCAUUGAUUGCAGCAGGAAAGGAACCCAUAGCCGAGCCUCCAGAGGGACCCUGGACCCAAAGAUUAACUCUGGAAAACAUGAAAUGGGUUUUUGACAUAAAGGUCAAACCUCAUACCGAGCCGUUGCGUAAAGAAUUGUUUCUUUGCAAUGGCUGCAAUGGUGGAACUGGGGCUCUUAAGUUUUUCGGCUUCGAAGGCGUGCUUCAGCAUUAUGCAGCCAAACACACAACUGCUCUCAGCCUGGGCAAUGUUGUGGUGCAUUGGAGAGCAGAAUGGCCGGAGGUACCACCAUUCUGUCCUGACCCUCGAAUGAAGGAGAAGGUUUACCAUGAGAAGGGCUCAUCUAAAAUGCAACAAUCUAAGGACGCUCCGUUUCAACAAGCCCAUCCUAACCCCCAACAGAGUGCGCCAACAGGGUAUCUGCCUCCUGCUUAUGGUGUAGAACCACCUCCUUUACCGCAUUAUAACUCUGGACCCCAUAUGCCGAUGACUCUCAUGGCCCCGUAUGGCCAAGCCGGAGCCCAUACAUACGGUCCACCAUUUUCGACUCAGACCUAUCCUGAAUCGACGGGGUAUGGCUCUUAUACUCCUCUGUAUCCCUCUGGAAUGCCCUACAGCUCCCAAAACCAUUCGAACGACUACGAUUACGCGACAUCCGCUCCCCCACCUCUUGAGCAGUUUGAUCACGGGCCAUAUUCUAAUCACAACAACACAAAGCACGUCGCAGCACCUGGUAUUCCUCAGCAAACCCAGCAUGAAACACUUAUCAGGUUUACUCAGUCAGCAUGGGCGAAGGUCGGAUCCAAUAAAAGGGUACCGCCUCCAGUCAGGGCCAUCGCUGUUAUCCAUGAUGCCGCUAAACGUUUCGAAGAAACACAUCAUGAGCCUCUUCGGCUGCAGAUGUUUCUUGAUGCUAUCGAGAAGAGUAGAAAGCUACAUAUGGUCCGGUCACUCAACGGAGUUGCAUGCAGAGCUUGCGACAGCGAGAUCUUCCACCUUCCCAAGCUAGCCAGACAUUUUCAGGCAGUGCACGUAGCACUUCCCAAAGGUCAGGGGCAAAUACCUAUGAACUGGCUAAUAGACAUGAUCAAACUGCCGGAGCAAGAGCGCUUGGCAGGGUUAGCAGACAUACUGCGAGAGGAUUCCACGGCAUACUCCCUAGUAGAAGAGGCUAUCCCUUGGGCAUUCGAACAGGCUUUUAUCGACAAGUUUGCUUCUAAGCCUCCGAAAACGAAGGCUAAAGAAAGUCUCUCUACCCAAGAAACGAAGCAGCUUCCUGCCCCAGAUCCUUACGUGAUAAGCAGUCAAUCUGUGGAAGAGCGUUCAGGGACCGGCAUUGAGCAGCACAAAACAACAACACAUCUGGGCCAUGAUGUCCCCACGAUCCAGUCCCAUUCAGCAAUGAUCCCAAUCGCUGCGUCCUUGAACUCUCGGUUGCAAGAUGAGUCUGAUCAAGAUGUAGCGCAUCUUCGCCCAGCCAGUGAAGUUUACGGCCGUAAAACGCGCCAAGUUCCACCAGUCCAACACAUACCUGACGACCCCGCAGAAAUGGAUGCUUCGAGGUCUGACGAGUAUUCGCCUUCAGAUUUUGAAAGAAUUCACGAGCCAGCUAGGGGAAGCGACAAAACUGAGCAGGAUUUCGCGGCUCGUCGUCCUUCCCACCCUGCAAAGCCUCGACAUUGGCGCGACGAACAGUCUUCUGAUUACCGAUAUUUACGUGAGAAGCGGUAUUCAGGCGUGGAGCUCGCCAGACAGCGUGACAGGAGUGCUUCCGUAGGAAACCGGCCACGUGAGCACCACCAUACAGCAACCACGUCCGUUAAUGCAGUGUCCAGUUACGUCGAAGCUGGGGAGUCUUUAGGCGUUCAAAAGCACGAAGUAGUAGAGGAGGAGGAAGUCGUAUAUGUGGACGAGUCUGGGCGUGAGAUUGGUCGCGGCCGCAGAGCUCGGAACACCCUUCCCCGUGAGCCUAGAUAUGUUAUUCCUGGCGAGCAGAGGUUUGGCGAAUAUGACCAACCUCUGCCUUUCUGGCACAGUGAUCACUACCCAGUCCAAUACCGGGAACGAAGUCCCCGUUCGCGAUUCGCACAACCAGGAUACUAUCAGGAGCCAGAGCCACCUAUUGCUGCUCGAGGAACUUACUAUGACCGUCCUAGCACCCGUCCUCCCACAGAAUACCCCACAGAGACGUUCGAGUUAGUAGAGGUUCGUCAUCCAGAUGGUGACUACUUUGUUAGACGCCCUAUCCGACGGGACGACAGGCCUUCUUACGCUUACGGAACCCGGCCACCGUUCAGAGAGCAAAGCGCUUAUCCUACCCAGCGGGUUAUUGAAGGUCCGUUGGGUUAUACUGUUGAUUCUCGAGGAAACCCUCCCGGUCCUCCGCCGGUGUCAAGGCCCGCAUAUGAUGGUUAUGAUUGGCGAUAUCCUUCAUCUACUGGCAAAGAACCACAGGCGUAUUUCCGAGGGUAA